GAUCACGAUAGUUAAGUACAUUUGCCUGUGACUAAGAAAAUUUAACGAUCAUGUUAAUUUUUUUGAAGACGCGAGCUUCCAGCCUUCCUGGUUGUACCUUUUGCUUGUCAGCAAACCACUGCGUUUCUGUUUUUUUGAAGUAAAACGCGAAGGGCGAGUCAUGCCGUCACCGGAUGUCGUUUCCGGCCGGGCUUUCGGGGGGUCUUCCCGCGAGGGGCACUCACCUGGGAUAGGCGGAGGAUCUGGAGACAAUAAAGGCGUCGAGGAACCGCACAAUGCACGAUACUACCGUCCCCGCGGGUCGUGCCUGAAGCGGCCAGACCCAGUGGUUUUUGAACGUAGCACUACGUGGAACGAGGUUAUGCAAGCUGCGGUAGAUGUGCCUCUGACGGAACGAGUCAUCGUCAAAGGUGACCUGCAUUGCCACGCUUCGGCAAGCCAGAAAUUUCUCCGGCCUACGGAGACCUUCCGGUCGGUGCAGGUGAAAGGACGAGUAUUCUUCACGGAAGACGCCAAUGUCUCCAGUCCGCUGUCUCGAGGUGGUCUUGUUAAGGCUAGUCCUAUCGAUGCAAAUGCUAUGUGUGCAGAUCCUUCUCUUGAUCAUUUUCUUGGAAAUAUACUCUUCACGCAUAUUUUUUACAAUUCUAGGCAACAUGGCUCCAAUUAUAGACCAGGCGGAGAACAGGCGAGUCCAGCGCUGCGGGUAGGUACGAGCGCGGCCUCUCCAAGCAAACUAAAGGGGAGUACACCACAGAGCCGCACCAAGCCGUCUCACAUACCUCCUCUCGCAGGUGGUCUGAAAAGAGGCAAAGACUACGACCGUCCGGAGGCCGUGCCCUAUGGCUACAGACCAGUACGUGGAUGGCAACCACAACAUAACGAGUCGUCUCCGAGCCCUUUUGAUGUAGCCUCUCCAAAGCAGCUGCCACCCCCCGAGGUCGAUCCAAACGAAUCGCCGAAACAGAGACAAGUGUAUGGUGCACCAGCAGCUACUGUUAUAAUUUACAGACAGUUUGACUACUUACACGCCAUUUUCAUGUUGAGCGUAUUUCACCUCAUUUGUAGUUCUUGAAGAGAUGUGACAGUUCGUGUUCGUUGGACUGGCUUUAUUGUGUUUCCACUUAGGGCUUCAAGAAGAUGAAUCCCACAGAUGCUACUUUCUUAUUUCAAGAACCGCCUUUUUCAUAUAAGUAGGCGGCGUGCGAGUCAAAGAGGACUUCCUGAGUACUACGAAGAUGCAGUUUCCUCGUCGCUGGAAAAAGAGCAUAGAGGGAGCGAAAGUCAACUACAGACUCCGGAUCCUGCAUACUUGAAUGUCGGCGCAUUUCGAACACCCAGCUCAGCAGGAGGAUUAUCCGUCUUUAUGAAUAUAAAUAUAUAUAAUGCAGUCAAUUAUUGCAUAAUGACUCCCUUGGUUCCAGUAGGAGUAAACAUUAGUAAGAAAUGCUUCACCUUGUACUCGUUCAUCAAAACAUCGUAGGUAAAUAGAGGCUUAGUAGUAUUCAUCAGCGCUUCUUUAGAAUACCACUUUUGUUGUCUUCUAUUAAGACUAGAUUGUCUAGCGCUUGAAAUUCAUAAACGAGCCGUCUUCAUAGUACUAUCCGUCGGCGCACAAUCCGGAUAUUCGAAUACGCCUAGUCCGGUGAAACGGCGACUAAGUUAUACUUACGGCGCCACACGCAAGGACUUUUCGACUAAAUAAGUCAAUAUUGUCAUUGUGUAAAAGGACUUUCGGUUCCUCUUUUGGGGUAGUUGAGCCCGACCUGCAACACGGGGCAAACACAUGACUGAGAAAGUACCUUUAGACUACAAUUUCUAUCUUCUAUUUCUAGUUUUAGUUCUUCUUUCUACUAAAGGAGAGACGUCGCGAGAUGACACUCUUUCUUUUAGACAAGUGCUUCACUUCCCUACCAAAAGAUCGACCCUAUCUACUUACUCUCUAAUACUUGUCGGCGAUGGCUGAGCAGCGUCGGCCAAUGGAAAUCGUUUGCAGUUGGAGCCAACCAGACGGACCAUUUGGGCUAUUUGAUCCGGCUCUUCCAAGAAAAGUGCACACCUGGGAACCAGUCGAUUUUUUCCCCGCCAAGUGGCAUCCCAUUUUGACGCGCCUGUUAUGACAUAAUUGAUCGUAAUUUUUAGUGGUUGUAGUCCGUCGUACGAGAUCAUGUAUACUAUAAAUAUUGUAAGUUUAUAGCAUCCUCCACCUUCUUUCUUUUGAACUUUGAAUGUGAAUUUGGCAAAGUAUAACAGUCAAGCCUCCGCUUGGUCGAUGGGCUCGCCUAGAAACGAUGCUCAGGAAUUCCGUGUAUCCAAGAGCAGAGAGUCCUCACAUCGUGGAGCGAAAAAACUAAAAAAGUUCUUCGAAUGAGAGAUCUUUGUAGGCACACCCUUAAUUUUUGAGCCUAUGGAGGUGUACGACACCGGGAAGCACAGUACCAAGUCCUUCCGACGCAUGUUUGCUGGUUUUGGAAAGCGCGAUAAGCUGAACAUCGUGAUACGAGAAGAGUCGCACUACGAUCUCGACAAAGACCUUGGGAUUCUCAAGCUCCUAUGCAGGUAUCUUGACUUUAGUUCUCAGUAUAGCUAGUGGCACUAUUAGUUGAAGAAGUCAUUUGGAAACACUUUCUUUUAGGUGAAAGAACAGCUGUGACGCUUUUUUAGGAAAGCCACGUUCCACCCAACUACCCUAUCAAAAUCUUGAUCUUCUCUCUUCAGCAAUUUCGGGCAUAUAACCUUGAUAUUCGACUCGUGGGAGAAAUUCUUGAGGCCGCAUUUAGAUUUCUUCUCGCAGAUACCAGAGAGCUUAACGCUGCACAUUCUUAUGAUGUCAUUUCGCAAUAUCUGGCAUAGCUAGUCCGCAGGGUGUGAUGACGAGGUCAAGGCAUGCUUCUUCGUAUCCAGUUUAACUACUUUUAAGAGCCUACAAACAUAUAAUGAAGUCACUCAUGCCAGCUUUAAAUUCUGCUUGCCAUUUAUCAAGGAGCUAGGUCGUCGGGAGGGCGAUCUUUUUGACCCCUCGGUGGUUCAUCGCGUCGCAGAGUUCAAGAAGCGCAACAGGUUGCCAAACUCACCUAGACCCGGUGAUCGCUUGUCCGAGGAUCUCCAGGAUCGAUUGCAGAGGGAGCAAGAGCUAGACUUGGCGGCUGCGCUUACCGAGGAUCUCCGACGCUUCGACCCCGGCGACGAGAGCUACCAGCCGGGAAAGAAAAUCGUCAAAGAGGUCUUAAAGAGGUCUCCUAGAAGUUUUAUCGUUGUUUAUCACAGGUGGGGCCGAGACCGUACAGCCAGAUGGAUCUGAGAUUCUGGCCUCCUGGAGAGGCCUUCUGGAGGAGCAGGACCGGAAAGGAUCUCCGUUAUACCUAGUAAACUAGCCUGCUAAACUAGCUAAUUAACCUAGCGACGCAGAUCAGAAAAAAACGACUUUUGAGAGUGAAAGCAGUUUUACCUGUGAUAUUGUUUUUGUUGUAUUUAUGCUUCACAUUAUGUGCAACCAAUAAUUAGUUACGAAACUUUCUCGAUUCCGUGAAGGCAUUGCCAAUCAUAUUAUUCUACUUCAUAUACACGCCUAGACAACAGUUUGCGCUCAAUCUUGAUAUUUGACGACUUUCUUACUCUCAGGUCGAACCGGAUUUGCAUUCAACGCAUUAUGAGUUGGAGAUAUUUGAAGCGAAUUUGGAGUCUUUAGUUCGCAUCUUAUCACCUUGGGUGCAAGGCGGUCUGCAGUUGCUGAGGAUAGAAAUGCACUACGGGCCUCUUCCCCGAGUAGCCGAGGAUAUUCCACCCGACGACGACGCGGUGCGUGGCAGCGUUUUCGACUACGAUCUCUUCACUGGGAAGAUGCUUGCGGAAAACAUUCGAGCUGUACGGACCUCAUUCGACAGCUUUUGCCGCCAUUUCAUCGCGCUGAAUAAGCGCGCCGUGCUAUUCGAGAACGCCUUCAAUGUGGUAGAUUCAAAAGCGAAAUUCAAAGAAACGGCAUGGCGAUACGAGAAAGGCGGAAGUGGGAGGUGCUUAUAAGUUAUAAAACUACUCCGUUGUAGUCGUGGUUUAUUAAAUAAAUAUCAACAUUGAAAAAAAUCUGAAUAUUGAAAUUCAUCUGUAGCCUUGCACCGCACUCCAUCGACUCACACGACCAUCAGGGCUAAAAUACGUCUGAACGUGGACGCUGGAUUGGAUCGCAAGGACAAUGUGUCUGCGGACGAGGCAGAUGAGGAAACGCUGUUUUUUGGGCGGAAGACAGGCAACAAAAACUUUCGGGAAACCUUGAUAAGGGGAGCACGUGGCGGCACUGAAGGAAGUCGCACUGCCGAACUGGCCUAUGGUCACCUCAACGGGAACACUCACCCUUCACACUCCGGCUUGGAACGGGUUGUUUGAGCAGCUGACUGAGUAUUGUUGAAGUAUCAUGGGCAGUAGACGGUUUCGUUUCUGCUUCUGGGGAAUUUUCAUUUUCAUCACCCUCUGACGAUGAGAAAACACUAUCAACUGCAUAUUAUUGUGUUACUGACUGCUCGACUUGAAGACGAAGAUGCUCUAUGAUGAAUCAAUUAUCUUGCGUCUUCUGUUGAAAGUUUUACUUACUCACUUUGGUAGGAUAAGAUAGAAAAGUGAACGGUUCGGUGUGACCUCGAUUCGCGACCUCCGAUACCCCGUGCUCUUAUCGCCUCUACAGGACCAAAAAGAGUACGCUACGCGUCGACAGCAAAUGAAAAAAAGCAUGGCUUUUCUCAUUUGAUAAUAAGAGUUCCGGUGUGUAGUCGCUCUUGCUAGUACAGCUUCGGAAUCACUCAACAGUAUGAAGAGGAAUUUUCCAUGCGAC